GCACAUGGAUGUAGGUGUUUCUUCCCACUGCGACCUCCGAGUGACCCUGAAUAUGUCUCCUCGCCCCAGCUCUGCCCUGCUCUCCACUCUGACACAGCUCAGUAUCACCAUUUACUCCGUGACCGGGUUGCCUGGAACACCCUUGUUCUCUCCCAUCUGUUUUUCCAGAUAAACAUUGAAGACCUUGAGGAGGGACCUGUGCUGAAUGGGGAGAGACCCGAUUGUCUGCUCACAGACGCUGUGGUGUCAGGGAACAAAAGGAGGUCCCAGAGUGGAGGUGCAGAAAGCAAGAAAGCUGGAGAAGUGGCUGACAAGGCAGCGCCCCCAGAGCAGCAAGUGCUUACUGCGAGCUUGCUGGGUUCUGGGGACGACUCUGCCUUCCGGGGACCUCUAGUUGAAAGGGGGACAGAAACGGAUGGACAAGUGCAGCUGGAGAGACCUGACUCAUGGCGUAGAGUGGGACACCUGCCCGAGCUUGGGUGGCGGGGGGCUCUACACUGCAGGGAAGGAGGUGGCCAGUUGAAGGCACCAGAGUCUAACAUAAGUGGCAAACUCCGAAAGAAGAAAAAGAAACAGAAAAAUAAGAAAAACUCUACAGGAGAAAUUUUGGAACAUGGGCUGGAAGAUAUCGAUCGCAUCUUGGAGAGGAUUGAGGACAGCAGUGGUUUCAACCGCCCCGGGCCGCCUCCCCUGAGCUCCAAGAAGCACGUCCUGUAUGUGGAACACAGACACUUGAAUCCAGACACAGAACUGAAAAGGUAUUUUGGUGCUCGAGCUGUCCUGGGGGAACAAAGGCCGAGGCAGAGGCAGCGUGUGUACCCCAAGUGUACAUGGCUGACGACCCCGAAGAGCACCUGGCCACGGUACACUAAACCAGGUCUGUCCAUGCGGCUGCUGGAGUCCAAGAAGGGCCUCUCCUCCUUUGCGUUCGAGCAUAGUGAGGAGUACCAGCAGACACAGCACAAAUUCCUGGCUGCCGUGGAGUCCAUGGAGCCCAACAACAUCGUGGUUCUGCUCCAGACCAGCCCAUACCACGUUGACUCGCUUCUGCAGCUCAGCGAUGCUUGUCGCUUUCAGGAGGAUCAGGAGAUGGCCCGAGACCUUGUGGAGAGAGCGCUGUACAGCAUGGAGUGUGCCUUCCACCCCUUAUUCAGCCUCACUAGCGGGACCUGCCGGCUGGAUUACCGCAGACCUGAGAACAGGAGCUUCUACCUGGCCCUCUACAAGCAGAUGAGCUUCCUGGAGAAGCGUGGUUGCCCGCGCACAGCGCUGGAGUUCUGCAAGCUCAUUCUGAGCCUGGAGCCCGACGAGGACCCGCUGUGCAUGCUGCUGCUCAUCGACCACCUGGCCUUGCGGGCGCGUAACUACGAGUACCUGAUCCGCCUCUUUCAGGAAUGGGAGGUGGGUGUGCAUGUGCACUUCUCCUCGCCUUGCUCAGCCCAGAGUCUGUGCCCUGCUCCCUUUUUGUCUCCCCUGCUCCCUGCGAUCAUGUGCACACAGCUGCAGGGGUGGGGGGUGGGCCGAAUGGGAUGGCACCCGCGUCCCUCGAGGUGGGCUUGCACGCGCCCGCGCCCUCUCUUCUGGGAGGUCAUCAGUGACGAGCACGGUAUAGACCCCAGUGGCAACUAUGUGGGGGACUCAGACCUGCAGCUGGAGCGCAUCAGCGUCUACUACAACGAGGCCUCUUUUGGUUGGCAGGUGUAA